AUGCAAUCUACUGUGACAGGAAGGCAAUUCAAUGAGAACUCGACACAAGGGUGCGGUUCUAUGAUGUUUGCGGCCUUCGCGCUGUGCAACCCAGAGCCGGCACAAGGGGCGGCCGAUAGGGCAGAUGGCGAUGCUGGAGGAGCUGGCUCUGGCGGGUCCGCUCCGCUGCCGCUGGUGCCGCCAGCGCAGCAGCCAGACCCCCAGCGCGACGCCUGGGCUGCUCCCAUCUACCAGCGGCUGGCCGCCUCGCCGCUGCUAUCCCUCGCCCUUGAUGCGCGGCUGCCAACGGUGCCCGUGGUGCUGCACCCGUCUGCGCCCCGCGGCGCUGACCCGCCGCCAGUCACCGCCCGCCACCUGGGCUUCCUGCGAGUCGACCUGACGGGCAGCACCACCGGGCCUGGCCGCUUCUUCCCGCUCUUCCCAGCAGAUGCUUCCGAGGAGGCAGGGGUGGACACGGGCAGCCUGGACUGCUUUGGAUGCACGGGGCACUGGGCUAGCAGUGGGUGCAUCCGGCUGCUGGCAGCCGCCUCUCCAGCCGGCGACCUUGCCAUGCCAGGCGGCAGCGGUGGCGGCGGCGGUGGCGGCGGUGGGCUGGCGCUGCUGCCGCCUGACGCAUUUGCUGCCCUGUGGGAGCGCGAUGGCAUCGAGGUCAGCAGCGAUGGUAGCGGCGACAGCAGCAGCGGCAGCGGGGAUGGAGAGGAUGGCGGCGCAGCCGCCGUGCCCAGCGGCUGGCAUGUGCCUUACUGGCGCCUGCUGUCACUGGCAGAGGCGUAUGGUGGACUGUACCGAGAGCUCAAGGCGGCAGGCCACGACCUGUCCCGCUGCCACUACAUGCUGCGGGGCUGGAAGACUCGCGAAGGUCGGCCUCGGCUAGGCGCCUCAGCGCCACGCACCACGGGCGGCGGUGGCGGCGGCGGCGGCGCACGGCAGCGGCGCGGCGUGGUGCCUGCUGAGCUGGCAGCCACCCGCGACCUGCGUGCCAUGAUCGGCUGGCCCGGCCUGCUGGAGCUGCUGGAGGAGGAGGGGGUGGAAAGCGUGCCCACCGACGGCGUGCGCUACUGGCUGGCUCGGCUGGGGGCGGGGUUCCAGGUGCGGCUGGCGACGGCGGGCGUGCUGUGCGCCGACACCAGCGUGCACCACAUCAUCGCCCGCAGCUCCCGCGGCAUCGACCACCCCCUCAACUACUUCCUCAUCGACAAGGGGCCCAACUCGGCCAUGGGCAGCAGGGUGGAGGGGUUCAGAGAUGCCAGCGGGGCCAAGCUGCACAUGCGCGACAUUGUGGGGGAGCGCGCGUUUGAGGUGGCGCAGGCCGCCUGCAACCUGUACCACGGCAUGCUGUACUCGGGGCGCCAGCGAGGGGCACCGGCAGCCCAGACGCUGCGGGAGCUACGGCAGGGAGCGUUUGCGCUGGCGGAGGAGGCCAUGGAGGAGCGGCAGGCACGAGAGGCGCGGCGCCAGGCGCGCGGCAUGGCGGCAGGUGCAGCGGGCAGUCCCGCCGCCACCCAGGCGUUGGAGGCGGGGGCGACAGGGGAGCAGCAGGGCAGCCAGCCGCGCACCCUGAAGCGCGAGCGCGGCGCCAGGCAGCAGGCGGCUGGGGGCGAGGAGAAUGCGGCGCAGAACACGGAAGUCCUGAGCCCAUCCCAGCAGCAGCUGGAGCGGCGGCGGCGGCUGUCUGGGGAGCUGUGCCUGGCAGCGGCGGUAUCGGCGCCAGGGUGGGGGCUGGAAGAGGAGGGGCCCCAGGAUGAGGUGGAGGCAGGCCUGGCCACGCUGUCGCUGUGCUGCAGCCCAGAGGACAGCCUGCACGCUGGGGACGAGCAGCUGGCAGGCAGCCAGCCGGUGCCAGCAGACCUCAGCAGCCUGCGCAUGCGGCUGCAGGCGGCGCUUGGAGUGGCCAGCGGCGGCAGUGGAAGCAGCGGCCUGCGCGGCAGCAGCCUGCGACUGGGGCAGCGCGUUAGGCAGGCGGAGAGCGGGCGGGCGCGGGGCCCUCUGAGGGUCAGCGCCCUGUUUGAGAAGUUCACUGAGCGCAGCAUAAAGUCAGUCAUGCUGGCGCAAGAGGAGGCGCGCCGGCUGCUGGCCUCCGAGGUGGGCACCGAACACAUCCUGCUGGGCCUGAUCGCCGAGGACACUGGCAAGGCGGGCUUCCUGUCGUCGGGCAUCACGAUAGAGCGCGCUCGUGCGGAUGUAGAGAAUGUGAUUGGCAGGGGCCUGCGGGAGCCGCCCAAGGACCUGCCCUUCAGCCGCGAGGCCAAGAAGAUCUUUGAGACGGCGCUGAUGGAGUCGCGCCGCAUGAGCAUGUCCUUCAUCACGCCCGAGCACAUCCUGCUGGCGGUGCUCAGCGUGGGCGACGCCACCAGCCGCCGCGUGUUUGAAGGCAUGGCCGCCGACACCGACCGCCUCAAGGCGGAGGCGAUGCGCAAGCUUAAGGGGGAGGCAGAGGGAGAGGGUCAGCGCCGCAAGGUCGCGUCCACCUCUGACCGCAAGAAGGAGGGCGCCUCUGCGCUGGGGGAGUUCUGCCGCGACCUGUGCAAGGAGGCGGAGAGCCAGCGCACAGACCCGGUGAUUGGGCGGCAGAAGGAGGUGCUGCGCAUCACCCAGAUCCUGGCCCGCAAGAAGAAGAACAACCCCAUCCUGCUGGGGGAGCCGGGCGUGGGCAAGACGGCCAUCGCCGAGGGGCUGGCACGCGCCAUUGUGACGCGCACCAACGCCGACGGCUCCGCGCUGCCCGCGUUCCUGGCGGGCAAGCGCGUGAUGCAGCUGGAUGUGGGGCUGCUCAUCGCGGGGGCCAAGGAGCGCGGCGAGCUGGAGCUGCGCGUGACCAAGCUGCUGCAGGAGUGCAAGUCUGAGGGCAACAUCAUCCUCAUGAUUGACGAGGUGCACACGCUUGUGGGCGCGGGCGCGGUGGGGCGCGGCGGCGGCGGCGGCGGCGGCCUCGACAUCUCCAACCUCCUCAAGCCCGCGCUGGCCCGCGGCGAGCUGCAGUGCAUCGGCGCUACCACCCUGGACGAGCACCGCAAGCACAUUGAGCGAGACGCGGCGCUGGAGAGGCGCUUCCAGCCCGUGUUUGUGGAUGAGCCCAGCGAGGUGGAGGCGCUGGCGAUCCUGGAGGGCCUGCAGGACCGGUACGAGCGUCACCACCGCGUGGUGUACAGCAGCGACGCGCUGGAGGCCGCCGUCUCGCUGUCCUCCCGCUACAUCACCGACCGCUACCUGCCCGACAAGGCCAUCGACCUGCUGGAUGAGGCGGGCAGCCGGGUGCGCAUCGCGGCGUACAACGCGCGCAAGGCGGGGGCGGGGCGCGACACCGCCGAGGCGGCCGCCACCUCCUACCUGGAGCUGGAGCAGGUGGUUGCCACCAAGGCGGAGGCGGUGCAGGACCUGCUGUUUGAGGAGGCGGCCCUGCUGCGGCAGCGGGAGCUGGAGCUCAAGGCGCGGCUGAGCGGGGUGCCCGAGGCGGCGCCCGUGGUGCCUGUGGUGGAGGCCGCGCACAUUGAGCAGGUGGUCAGCGCGUGGACGGGUGUGCCCGUGGAGCGCAUGUGCCAGGACGACAGGGACAGGCUGCUCACGCUGGGAGGCGUGCUGCAGUCGCGCGUGAUUGGCCAGGACGACGCCUGUGACUCCACCGCACGUGCCAUCAUGCGGGCCAGCAGCGGGCUGAAGAACCCCGACCGCCCCAUCGCCACCCUGCUCUUCUCGGGGCCCACCGGCGUCGGCAAGACGGAGCUGACAAAGCGCCUGGCCGAUCACUACUUUGGGUCGGAGGGCUCCAUGGUGCGCCUGGACAUGAGCGAGUACAUGGAGAGGCACACGGUCAAGGCGGCACCGGCACAGGAGAACGCGUCAAGAGAGACGACAAAGGCGGUGGCAGGGAUGGUGUGGAAGCGGGUGGCCAUGGCCAGGGAGUCUGGCAGCAUCAUGGUGUAG